CAUGCGCAAAAAAGCGAACGCUCACACGUGGUUGCAGCUUGUAGUCUCUAACAUAUAAUGCUUUUUUCUUUAAUUUCUUUAAUAAUAAUCUAAGAAAGAAAUAAUAUCGAUAAUAGAUUCAUCGUGAUAUUUCUUCAGUUGUCUAUCCGAGAUGCCUAUCUAUUCUGAAGAUAUACCCGAGGAAAUGGAGCAAGAACCGAUGGAAGGUGUCGCGAACGAAGAUGAAAGCAGCGAGAGCAGUGAUAACGAAUCCAUGGAAAACGCGAACGAGAAUCAGAAGGAGACUGAAUCGAAGGUGUACCUUCCAGGACAAGGCUUAGAAGAAGGAGAGGAACUUGUUGCCGACAAGUCGGUGUACAGAUUAUUGCAUCACGCGCAAUCCGGUGCGCCAUGUCUCAGCUUCGACAUAAUACCAGACGAUUUAGGUAACUGCAGGGAGAGCUAUCCUUUGACCAUGUAUAUAGUUGCUGGGACACAAGCUGCCAAGACGCACGUCAAUAAUCUUCUUGUCAUGAAAAUGUCCAAUUUACAUGGUACUAGGCAGAGCUCCGAGGAUUCAGAAAGCGAAUCGAGUGAUUCAGAAGAUGAGAAUGACGAACGUAGACCAGUUAUGAAUGUUGCGCCUAUAAAACAUCAAGGAUGUGUUAACAGAGUGAGAUGUACAAAACUUGGUGAAACAAAACUAGCUGCUAGUUGGAGCGAAUUGGGACGCGUAAAUAUUUGGAAUUUGCAAGAGCAACUAAAUGCAAUUGAAAAUCCCAGCCUACUAACUGCAUAUCGUAACAAGUGUGACAAAAGAGAUGGAGGUAUUAGGCCACUGUAUACAUUCAAAGGCCAUCUCUCUGAAGGAUUCGGUCUCGAUUGGUGCUGUACCGAACCAGGUACUCUGGCAUCUGGCGAUUGCAAAGGUAACAUACAUAUAUGGCGAAUCGACAGUACUGGUGCAUCCUGGCAUGUAGAUCAAAGGCCGUACAAUUCGCAUGCCCCGCACAGUGUGGAAGAUUUGCAAUGGUCGCCAAAUGAAAAGAAUGUACUGGCAUCGUGUUCAGUAGAUAAAAGCAUAAAAAUUUGGGAUACUCGAGCGAGUCCACAGAAUGCGUGCAUGUUGACGGCGUCUGGUGCUCAUACAGCCGAUAUCAAUGUUAUCUCAUGGAAUCCUAAAGAAACUCAGUUUAUUAUAUCAGGAGGUGACGACGGAUUACUUUGUGUAUGGGAUUUACGACAGUUUGGAGCUAAUGCUGCAAGCCCAGUUGCUACUUUCAAGCAACAUGUCGCACCAGUUACCACUGUGGAAUGGCAUCCAACAGAAGCCACGGUAUUCGCUUCCGGCGGAGCCGACGAUGUAGUCGCUCAAUGGGAUUUGUCAGUGGAAGUAGAUCAUACAGAGGAACCACAGGACACUGAAUUGGCCAAAUUGCCGCCGCAACUGUUAUUCAUACAUCAAGGUCAAUCUGAUAUCAAAGAAUUACACUGGCAUCCGCAAUGUCCAGGAACUAUGAUAUCGACUGCACAUUCAGGUUUUAAUAUAUUCCGUACAAUUAGCAUAUAAAUAAAUAUUUCUUUGAAAAUAAUAAUGGAGAUAAAUAUUUAUAUAAAAACUCUGGCAAUAUAUUAUGUAAAAUAUAUCUUUAUAAAUUU